UCUCCACGGGGUUGGCUGAGAGUAAAGGUCCCGGUGGGCGGAGGGGUGGGGCGGGCCGGCUGGAGCCCGUGCAGAGGGCCGGGAGCACCCAAGUGGGGCCAGAGGAACUUCGAGUGCGGCAGCAAGGAGCCCGCAGAGCCGCCUCUGGCGGUACGGAGCCAAGGACUCCAGGAGGAGCACCUCUGGGACCUGAAACACUGGAGCCUGUUCUUGGCAAGAAGAUUCAAACACCCAGGAACAUGGCGCUGCUCUGGGGGCUCCUGCUGCUCAUCUCCUGCUCCGUGUUCUCUCCUGUGAGUGCCAUGGAGCCGGUGGGCCAGCAGCUAACUAUGGGGCCGACCCAGGAGAGGGUGCUCCCGCUUACCUUCCUCAAGCUGGACAACCAGGAGCCUGGUGGCCGGACUGCCCCGAAGAGUUCCCCAAGAGACUGCAGCGGAGACCCCACCCCACAGCAGACCCGAAGGCUGGCCGAGGCCAUGAUGGCCUUCACUGCCAACCUGUUCUCCCUGGUGGCAGAAACCUCCACCAGCCCCAACCUCAUCCUGUCACCCCUCAGUGUGGCCCUGGCGCUGUCUCACCUGGCACUAGGUGCUCAGAAUCACACACUGCAGAGGCUGCACCAGGUGCUGUAUGCCGGCCCCGGGCCCUGCCUCCCCCAUCGGCUGAGCCGCCUCUGCCAGGGCCUGGGCCCCGGUGCCUUCCGACUGGCCGCCAGGAUGUACCUGCAGAAAGGAUUUCCCAUCAAAGAAGAGUUCCUGGAACAAUCAGAACGGAUAUUUGGUGCGAAGCCUGUGAGCCUGACGGGAAAGCAGGAAGAUGACCUGGCAAACAUCAACCAGUGGGUGAAGGAGGCCACGGAGGGGAAGAUUCCGGAGUUCCUCUCCCAGCUGCCAGGAGACACGGUGUUGCUUCUGCUCAAUGCCAUCCACUUUCAGGGUUUCUGGAGGAACAAGUUUGAUCCGAGCCUCACCAAGACAGGCUUCUUCCACCUGGACGAGCAGUUCACGGUGCCCGUGGAGAUGAUGCAUGCCCCCACGUACCCGCUGCACUGGUUCUCGCUGGGGCAGCCUGAGAUCCAGGUGGCUCAUUUCCCCUUCAAGAACAACAUGAGCUUUGUGGUCCUCAUACCCACCCACUUUGAAUGGAACGUGUCCCAGGUACUGGCCAACCUGAGUUGGGACAUCCUGCACCCACCCUCGGUGUGGGAGAGGCCCACCAAGGUCUGGCUGCCUAAGCUGUAUCUGAAACACCAAAUGGACCUGGUGGCCACCCUCAGCCAGCUGGGCCUGCAGGAUCUGUUCCAGGCCCCGGACCUGCGUGGGAUCUCCGACCAGAGCCUGGUGGUGUCUGGCGUGCAGCAUCAGUCCACCCUGGAGCUCGGCGAGGUCGGCGUGGAGGCGGCCGCGGCCACCAGCAUCAUCAUGUCCCGAAUGUCCAUGUCCUCCUUCAGCGUGAACCGCCCCUUCCUCUUCUUCAUCUUCGAGGAUACCAUGGGCCUUCCCCUCUUCGUGGGCAGCGUGAAGAAUCCCAACCCCAGCGCGCUGCGGGAGCCCAGGGAGCAGCAGGAUUCCCCGGCCAGCAAGGACUUCCCCCCAGGCCGAGACAAGGACUUCAGCCCCGACUUGAAACUGGCGCCCCGCUUUGAGGAGGAUUACCCCCAGCUUCACAGCCCCAAGUGAGGGGCCGUGGUCACCGCGUCCAGAGUCCCGGCCUGGACCAGCCUCUCCACUCAUGUGACUUUUUCCGACCUGCUUUGUGGCACUGGGGCAGGGGCUGGGGGCCCUGGGGGGACAGUCUGAGAGAGGCCAUUCUUUCCUGACACCUCUUGGGGAGCUUGGGGUGGGGGGCCGGGAGGAGGGCAGGCAUUGGAGGAUGGGAGGGAGCCCAGAGGUGUCCUGCGCUGGGCUCUGGGUGGAAGAGAGGGAGGUGUGCUUCCAGUUCUCCCAGGAGACAGGUGAGCUGCCCCCCAGGUCAGCUGGGACACCCCACUUUUGUUUACCAAAGAGAAAGGGAGGGGGAGAGGGCUGCCUCUGGGCUUGUCCUGGGAGACCCAGGACAGGGCGAGGAGCGACAGGCCCUGGGGGUGGCUCGCUCCGUGUGGAAUGCGGGUCCCGCACAGCCUGGCCGGGGCCUAACCUGCCCAGUGCUCCUCAGCCUCCACCCCACCCACGCCUGUGGCCCCAGGCUUCCCACUGGCCCUUGAGAUGCCAGCACUGCCGGGAUUCCCUUCCUUCCUCUCCUGCCUCCCUCCUCUGCCCAGGAGCUCAGGGACUGAGGCAGGAAAGGCCCCAUGGGCUCCUUGAGGCUCUUUUUUAAGGUUUUUGUAGUGAUUUUUAUGCCACCUGAAUAAAGAAUGCAUGGGCUUGGC